AGCGCAGUCUUCUGUUCCCGAAGAUUUCUCCCGCACCCCCAACACAAACAUUUUUUGGUUUGUUUGCUAACUUCCUGUUCUCUUCUCUUCUCGUUUCUUUUUUUUUUCAAACUGCACACCUGCCUCCCCCUUCUUUCUUUCUCGCAUUUACCAUGGCGGGAAUUACAAGGGCUGCUGUCGUGGCGAAGCGGCCGAGCAAGAACGUGGCGAGCCGCAAGAUGCACAAGGCGAGUCGCGCGACAGCCAAGAAGGAGGCCAAGUCGCCUCGCGCCAGCGCGAACGGCGCGAAGCGUCAGCACCGUUGGCGUCCGGGCACCGUGGCCCUCCGUGAGGUCCGCAAAUACCAGCACUCGACCGAUGCGCUGAUCCAGCGGGCGCCGUUCCGCCGUCUGGUGCGCGAGAUUGUGACGACCUUCAAGGAUACAAUCCGCAUGAGUAGCUCCGCGCUGGAGGCGAUCCAGGAGGCGACGGAGAGCUACGUCGUGAACGUGCUCGGCGACGCGAACCUGUGUACCAUUCACGCGAAGCGCGUGACGCUUUUCCCAAAGGAUCUGCAGCUCGCUCUGCGCCUCCGCGGUGACCGCGGCUAA